GUUGGGAAACUGUAGUUUACCAUUCAGCAGCAGUUUAUCUUCUUUUUAUCUUACCGGUUCAGAAGUUUAUCUUGGCGAGAUGGACCCGCAUGGGCCUGGAGGAGGACCGGGUUGGGGAGGCCCUGCAGGGUUGGACCCAGGAGGGUGGGGUCCGGUUCCACCUGGCGGGCCUGGGUUUCCUGGUGGCCCUGGCCCUGGUUUCUGGGGGCCUGAGUUCGGUGGAUUCUUCGGAUCCUGCUUCUACCUCAUGUGCUGCUGCUGCCUGCUCCAAGAUUGCUGCGGUCCUUUGUUCGGACACCCGGGCCCUGGCGCUCAGCUGCCUCCUUUCUGAUAGCCUGUGGAGCUGCGGGUCAUAUCGACCACAAGAAACAACGCACUUGAGAACAAUUUCUAGACUAAGUAUCCACGGAAGAACACAAUUGUGUGAAGAUAUUGCAUCUUGGGAGUUCCCUUUGCUACUAUGUAAAAGCAUACUUAUUGUCUUAGUAGUAUAAAUCCUGGAGAUCAUUAUUUCAGUCCUAGUUUUCAUAUCCUCACGAGCUGCAAUGUCUGAGUUGGAUCAGCAUCUGCAUGAACAUGUUGACUUCUUCUUUUUGUGUUGAUGUAUAAAAAGUUAUGUUCAGAAGUGACUGUUAUGUGGUUGCAUUAAA